ACCCAAAGAGCUGCGCUUUGGACUCAGCGUUGAGAUUGAUUCACUUUAACCUGUGCAGAGCCCCAGCUUCCUCCAAGGAGGAAGCCAGGCAAGCAGUGAAACAUGAACGGAAGAGUGGAUUAUUUGGUCACUGAGGAAGAGAUCAGUCUUACCCGAGGCCCUUCAGGGCUGGGCUUCAACAUCGUCGGUGGGACAGAUCAGCAGUAUGUCUCCAACGACAGUGGCAUCUACGUCAGCCGCAUCAAAGAGAAUGGGGCUGCGGCCCGGGAUGGGCGGCUCCAGGAGGGUGAUAAGAUCCUCUCGGUAAAUGGUCAAGACCUAAAGAACUUGCUGCACCAGGAUGCUGUAGACCUCUUUCGUAAUGCAGGCUAUGCUGUGUCCCUGAGAGUGCAGCACAGGUUACAGGUGCAGAAUGGACCUAUAGGACAUCGAAGUGAAGGAGAGCCAAGUGGUAUUCCUAUAGCUACGGUGCUUGUGCCAGUGUUUGCCCUCACCAUGGUGGCAGCCUGGGCCUUCAUGAGAUACCGGCAACAACUUUGAAAAGCUUGUUUCUUCCCAUGCUCCCAGUGAAGACAAAUUUCCUCACCCUCCUUCCCUGCCAUUCUCCCAUAUCUUUUCCUCUCUCUGUGUAGCCAACACAUGAUUUAAAGUGACUGAUACCCAUCUUGUUAUUCAGUCUCCAAAUCUUCAUAUUCUAAUGGGAGAGUAAAAGUAUUGUUUGAAGGAAAGCUGAAGAAAAGACUUACUUAGAACAAAUGAGGAGUUAUAUAUUUUACUAGGACUGCCAAUAGAAAUUCAGCUACCACCCAAAGAGGGAAAGGUCCAGUCUUCCUGUCACCAUGGGUGAUACUUUUUUCUUAGCUGGCAUGCCUUAAAGACCAGCUGUGUGAAAUGAGAGGAAGAGAGGAUUUUUCUUUUUAAUGAACUUCCUUGGGAAGUUUUUGUGGCCUUAUUUAAUUUCUGACUACAUACCUAGGUGCCUAUAUUGGACAAAGGACAAUGAGAAGAGCAUUUUUACUUUUUUUAAAAAGCAAAUACACAUACACACAUACAUAUGCAUAUAAAAUAGUAUAUUGGUGAUGCCUUAUAGAGAAUUAAAGAGGUGAAAGAAUCACUCUGUGGUUUCUAGGUUUCUGAUCUAAGGGAUGAUCUUAACUGAAGAAUUUGGAGAGGUGAUUAUGGAGCAUAUAUAAUAGGAACAAGGGAGUGAGCCUUAAAAGAACAUGUUCUAUCUGAAUCAUUAAAAAAGUGACUGAAGCAACUAAUUGAAAAUCUUAGAACAAUAUUUCUUCUCACAAUAGCUAUGGUAAAGUUGAGGUAAAUUGCCAUAAUCCACCUCUGCUCAAGUCAAUCUGCUCAAAAAACUUUUGAGGUAUAAAGAUAAAUCUUACCAAUCUCUGGGUACUCUAGUGACUUUUUUGGUAACUCUCAGUCCUGUAAAGGAUCAGCUGAAAUGGUUGUGGUCAGAUCUAUACUGGUGGAGCUAAAUCAACCCAGUGAGAAAACUGUAAAGGGACAAAAGAUAGUGCCUACAAGGUGGCACCUAAACCUUCUCAGGCUAUCUACCAGUCUGGUUUCUAGUAACAGGCAAAACCUGAGAAGGAACUGCCUCCCUGGCAGGUUGGUCACGAAAUCACCUCUGCUUCUGAUUUAGUUGAGAGGGCCUGGAUUACUCAUUUUUUUGAAAGGCUCUAAAUACUGAUUAAGACUUUUAAUUAAUAGACCAUUUUGCAGGGGGAAAAAGAGGGGUUUUUUUGUUGUUGUUUUACAAGGUAGGGAAAUUUGGAAGGUGUUUCAUGGGGAAAGCCUGAGAGAAGGAUAUGGAUGAAUGGACGCUAGGGAAAACUAGGGAUAUUGAUAAGGUGGGAACCAUUCUGUUCAUGUGGUAUUUAAGGUUGGUUUUAAAGCACUAAGGAUAGCUGAACCAAGGCUAAUUUUCUAGCUUUAAGAAAAUCAUUUGCAUUCUCCAAAUCUACUGGCCAGGCUGUAGGCCUUAUCUAAUUUUGACAGCAAUAUUAUGUGCACUUUCCCUCAGGCAAUCAAUUGUACCGAAUUUUUAGAAUGACAGUCUAGUAAUCAUUUAACAAAUGUUGAUUGAACAUCAGCUUUGUUAAGAUCCUUUUAAAAAGAAGUAAAAUGCAUACCCUCUAUCCUAAAGGGCUUUUAGUUCCAGUUGAGAAGAGAAUACUUAAAAUGGAAUUAGCCACGUAGGCUGGGCAAUGUUAAGUCGGUGUCAAGUUUAUAUUGCAGACAGCAAAAGAGAAAAGUUACUGAGAAUUGGGGCACUUGAGAAAGUUCCAUGGAGGAAGGGAACUCAUAGAGGAAGAACUCUUGAGGAUCUCAGUCUAUUUAAGAGAAUUCAUAAAAGGGUGAAAAGUUAAAAGUACAUCAUCAGGUUAAGUAAUAAUUAAAAAACAAUAAUAAAAGAAAUAGUAUUAUGCAGAACAUGCAGCAACAAAGAAGAUAUGCAGACAACCAUCACUUUUUUUUAAAAAGAAAUUCAGAGGUAGAAAGCUGUCACAUAUAUGGCAUCAGGCUAGAUUGGAAAAGGAAGCCUUUUAAAAAAUAAAAGGUUCAGAAAGAACUUGCCUCUGGGUCAACUGUUGGUACAGAGAAAAACAUGCUUUAGAUAAUCGUGAUAUAACUUAUGCCUUUCAGCCUGAACUAAUCAGUUUCUUUGAGAUUCACUUAGACAACUGGACUCAUUGUAGGUUCUGCAGAGAAACACUGACAGUGUUCCAGUUCUCACAUCAAGUAGCCCCACAAUGGAGGCAGCAACCUGUAGUGCCCUCCCUAUAUCUGAAGACACCUGCAGAGAUUCUGCAGUGGGUCUGCUUAUCACCCAGGAUUCUCCUCAGGGCUUGGACAUUAACUCCUGAGAGGACUUUGAGACAUACAAAGUGAAGCAAAUGGCAAGCAAGAAAGAAAGCUAUUUAGUUUUUUGUUCACUGGUAUGUGUAAAUAAAAAAAAUAAAUAAACCUAUCACAUCAUUGGUAGAAGUUUUGCUUUGGUUGAUAAUAGGAAUUCUGAUGCACUUUCAUAAUUCAGGUUUUCUCAGAAAUUAAACAGCAUUUGAAGACCAAUAUAUAAAGUUUUAGGCAGGUAUGCUAUUCAAUUACAUUUUUCUGAUUCUGUGGAAAAUAAGUUAUAGAUGAGGUAUCAGAAUCCAUUAUAUGUUGUAAAAAAUUCAUGCUCUUUAUAGAUUGAAUCCAAUAUUCAUUCCUACCACUUUAUAGAUUGUAUCUAAUGUUAUUACCACCUAAAUUAUUAUGUUCAAAGUUCUGCAAAUUGAAUGAAGGCAUUUUUAAGGCACUCUACUUAAAACAUUUCUCUAUCAUUCUUUAUUAUAUAUAUAAUUCUAAUAAGAUAUUGUUUACUUCAAUUGUCUCUAUUUUCUUUUCCUGCAAAGUUUCAACUUCUUUACUAUGAAUUUAACUUAAUUGCACCAUCUAGUCAUGUAUAGUGGAAAAGGGAAGUUUGUAUUUAUUAUUGCAUUCUGUGCCAGGGACUGUACCAAACCCUGAUUGAGUGUACACUAUUUGUUCAUGCCUCACAACUCUGAGAUCUGAGUGUUGUUAUAAAGAGACUAAAGAUGAAAGAAUAAAUUAAGGUUACAUAGGUGGUAAUAAUAGGAUCAGGACUGAAAUUCAGAUUCAGGUGCCAGCAUCGAUAAUAUUUCUUCACUGGCAGUGGUUCUUAAAGUGAGAUCUCUGGACAAAAACAUGAGUAUUACCUGGGAACUUGUUAGAAAACCAAAUUUGGGGGCUUCAUCCCAGACCUAUUGAAUCAGAAACUCUGAGCAUGGCACCCAGUCCCUCCAGGUGACUCUGAUUUACACAAUUGUUUAAGAUUUACUCUCUGUGCCAAUAGUUGUUCCCUUCUCUCUAAUGUCCAGGCUGCACCUCAAACCAAUUAAAUAGGAAUCUCUGGGGGUGGGACUUAGGCAGCUGUAAAAUAAAGUUCAUCAGGUGACUCCAGUGUGCAGCCUUAGUUGAAAAUAUUCUGUGGCAUUUAAACCUCAACUCUAUUUAAGUUAUUAAAUUACAUACAGACAUUGCUUCAGCCAAAUAAAUGAACUUCACCUGGGCCUUUUCAGAGCCCACCUCUCAGCUUCUGCCCCAAGUGUAGAUAUGAAAUAAGAAGUGCAACAUUCUUUCACUCCUGAUUUGCUACGGACAUCAAUCUCCAGCAAAAUGUAUGAUUAGUGAGUGUUUCAGUUUGUGCAUCGAUUACAUUAGGACCAAAUCAUAGAAUGUUGAAGCUAAAAGGGAACCAGAAAGAUUAUAGGAUGAGUCUGUCUUAGAAAUGAGAAAAUCAAGGCUCCUCCGGAGAGGUGAGCUUUCAUGAUCAAAUUUAGUCUGUGGCAGAGGUUCCCUUUCUGUCUCAUAUUUAUGUCUUGAAUGUAUCCACUACAUGAAUACAUGCAAAAUUUUUUUUUAUCUCAGUCUACUUCCGUCUUCUUUCUUUGAGCCUUGAAUAAAGACCAGAAGAACUGAUUGACUGCUGAAGGGUAUUGCAAGCAUCAUUAUUGGAAUUGGGAGAUUCCACAGAACAAUCUGAGACCUAAUGUCAAAUCCAAUCAGAGGAAUUCUGAGAUUAAUUCCUAUAGUUCUAAACUAGAGACAUGUUUUUUGAUGGUGGAUGUUGUUUUUAUUGUGUAAAUAAGCAGUUUUAAAAUAUAUUUAAAGAAAUGAAACAACAUAAGGAACUAUAGGCUGUCAAGUAUGUGGGAAAGUGGGGUUCGUGUAGUCUCAUGUAGAGCCAAUAAAGAUUUUAUUCUUGUCAA